CCCACCUGGAUACAAGAUGCGAGACAAUAUUUCACCGGUGUUACCGGUGUUGGAUCCUGGAAGACUCUCGUCAACUCAUGGCUCACAUUUGAACAUCGCCUGGGCUACCCGGAUGGUUCUCGUGCGAACUGGCUGGCAUCGAAGGGACGUCUGGAAGAGAUCAAACAGUGGAUCAAGAAAGCUCAUCCAUACAAAGCGAGUGCAGUCACCAUCAAUGUGAAGAUGUUUUCAGGAACUUGGAAGGGUUGGUGGAGGAACAUUCAGCCUGUCGGAUGUGUUCAGGGUGUAGAGUGGCCGCUUUUACAGAACGUGGAGCAGGACUUGAAUUGGAUGGGAUUGGACCGUGGUGGAUGCAACGGUAUGUUCUUGGUCAUUGUUUCGUUGUCGUGGUGG